UCACCACCAUCCAGUCUCUCUCCAAAUCUUGGGACACAAAGGCCACCGUACUGAAAUAUAGAUUGACAGAGGCGGGGCGGGAACCAGCGAGCGAGCGAGCUCGGCACGGACCCGGUCCGACGAGAUGCUCAAGGAGCGGCAGAGGAGCAUUGUGCUGCGCCGGAAGUUCAGCGUGGCGUCCAUUCCGUCGGCGGCGAGGCGGGUGCGCCAGGUGAGCGGCGACGACAAGAAGGCACGCGCGCGGCCGAUCUUUUUUGUGUCGGCUAACACCGUGAAGAUGAGCGCUGGAGGCGGCGCCACCCCCUAUCUAAAGAGGGACACCUUUGCCGGGCUGUGGAUGGCGGCAGCGUUCCUGGCGGCCUGCGGCAUCUGCCGCAAACCCCUCGCCGGCGAAGACGCCUACAUUUACAGGGGCGAAUUUGCAUUCUGCAGUGAUGAGUGCAGGGAGCUGUACAUCAAAUGGAAAAGGGUGUGCUCCCUCAGAUCCCGCAAGAAGGCCCCGUCGAACAAGUCCGGCAGCAGCAAGGGCUCGUGCGGCGGGCCAGGCUAACCCAAUAGAUUAUACUAGCUCCUAGUGAUGUGCCAUACAUAUAUGUGGUACAAUCUUCACCAUAUUUAAACCGUCCGUCCAUGUAUACAAGCUACCAGUCUCGAAUAAUGGUCGGUUACAUCCCGUUUCAUGAGUCA